AUGGCGUUCCCUGACAAUGUCAACUGUCGUCGAAGCGCCUUCAGCGCCUCGUGGUGUCGCGAUCCACGUGGACCCGCCACGGUCUCCAUCAUCGUGAGGCAAGGGACGGGAAUUCUUCUGUUAGGACCAGAGCAAUUUCGGUCGUUCGGAAACGUCUUCAGGGAAUCUGAAUCGCAACGUUUCGAAGCAGACUUGUCAUGCAUCCGGUCGGAGAUAGUAUUCGGCCAAAAACGGCUUGGGCCAACAUUCGGGCCGCUUGCCUUUUCAGUGAAUGUGAUGGCAGCUGACCACUUGUCACCGGCACUUGAGCAACCUACUGCGCAUCAACCCCAUCUCGGCUCCUGUCAUGCAUUGUUGGUGUGUACACAGCGUCGCGAAAGCUCCGAUUUUGGGAACAACGUCCCGGUCAACUUGUUCAUCAGAAACAAAGUGAUUUCAAUGCGACCCGCGGUCGUGCCUGGAUCCUUGGGACGCGCUAAUCGUGAGGGGGAUAUCGAGAGGCCUUGAAACUAGCGAAGUGGGCGGCGCCUCUUCGGACCUGCCCUACAGACUCGUGGGAGCCAAGUGCUCCGCACACGAGGGUGACAUGCGUCGUUUGAGCACAUGGAUAGAUGAAUGGACGGACAAAUGUCCGCCAGACGCUGGAGCCCAAUGUCGCAGAUCUCGGGCACCAGAUAGGAAGUAUGAAGGCUAUCAGAUACCUAGGUAACUGUAAUCUGAU